AUGUACAUAAAAUCCAUGAGAGUAACUCUCCAACCCCCACAAGCCGCAAACUUAAAUAGAAAUGAGAAUCAUAGUGGCAGGCGAACCAGUUAUCCUCGUAAGAAGAACUCAGAAUGGAGGUUAAGCGGAGCUAAAGAUCUACGACAAAUUGAGAGAUCCCAUCUCAGCAGCUUGAAACACAUCGCACACCCAACCCUCGGUAGCCAAGGAGAUGAUAGCGCGGAGUGGGCAUGUUUAAGAAUAAGCCACGGUUCUGGUACAGACGUGCUCAAGCGCGGAACGGUUCUAAACGGUGAUAACACAGGAUGUGAGACACGCCACAACGUGUGGGCUUGA